GACUGGAACGUUCACAGGGCGGUGGCCUUGGAGGCCCAGGAGGGUUAGUGCUGCUCAGUGUCUGGGCAGUGGGACACCCUUGAAAACACCCUGGAUUUCCCACAAAGGGCGGGAGGGUUGAUUCCAAAAUGCAGUCUUGGAUAUGUUUAUCUGAAGCAAAAGAACCACCAGGCAUCCUCCAGCAAAGAUGGUUUAUUCAGGAUCAGCAGAGAAUCUCAACCACUGGGAGUCACAGGCAAGUUCCCGUCCUGCAGGGAAGGAGAAGCUUUUAUAGACGGGACAGGACGUGAGCUGGCUUAGCAGACAGUCCCUGGCUUUCCACUGGCCGAGUCCUUGUGGGAAAGAAGAAUCUUUCUUCUGUUGGGUUCCGCUGUCAUCACAGGGGUGAGAGCUCCCCCUGCUGGUCUCCCAAACCUAUUCAACUGAGUUCGCGUAUUAAUUUUUACAGAUACCACAGAACAAAAGGAAAAAGGGACAUGAGAUAUACGUUUUCAUUGUUCCUGCUUGGGGAGAGUGGUCAGAACACUUUCCUUGUUUUUAAGCGAAAGCAAGAAGUUCCAGCCCGUUCUAGGCGCCCAUCCACCAGAGACAGAGAACCUGAGCCCCUCAAAGGGAAGGUUGUCGGGGUCACUGAGGAGAGUGACUGCACCUGCAAGCCGAGCGCCCACCACACUCAGCCCUUCUGUGCCCAGAAUUAGCAGCACAGCCUCCUCUUGGCGGGAUUCAGAGAGAGCGUCCACCUCCUAGAGCAUGGCAGGUUUAGGUAAGAAAGUGCUCAUAGUCUACGCGCACCAGGAGCCCAAGUCUUUCAACGGGUCCCUGAAGGACGUGGCGGUGGCGGAGCUGGGCCGGCAGGGCUGCAGCAUCACCGUGUCUGAUCUCUACGCCAUGGACUUUGAGCCGAGGGCCACGAGGAAUGAUAUCACUGGCACCCUCUCUAACCCCGAGACCUUCAGUUACGGGGUGGAAGUGUAUGAAGCCUACAAGAAGGCGGCUCUGAGCAGUGACAUCGUCCAGGAGCAGAAAAAGGUUCAGGAGGCCGACCUGGUGAUAUUUCAGUUCCCGCUGUACUGGUUCAGCGUGCCCGCCGUCCUGAAGGGCUGGAUGGACAGGGUGCUGUGCCAGGGCUUUGCCUUCGACCUGCCCGGCUUCUACGACGACGGCUUCCUCAAGGGUAAAUCGGCCAUCCUCUCCUUGACCACGGGCGGCACGGCUGAGAUGUACUCGAAAACUGGAGUCAGCGGAGACUUCCGAUACUUCCUGUGGCCCCUCCAGCAGGUAAUCAGCCUGGUUAGGCUCUGGCUGUGGUUCCCGGUCAGCUCAGCUCUCUCAGCCUCUGCCGUGCGGCUUGGAUCCGCUGCCUGUGGUCGCCACCCAGUGGCCGGUCUGGGACCUGAGCGGUUCCUGGUUCUCAGUCUGCAGUCUGGAGGCUGGAGUCAGACCUACAGUUAAUUAGUUCCAGGAUCCCAUCCAUGAAACCAUGUUAAAUUCAGUUCUCAUGUCUUCUUAGCCUUCUCUUAUCUGUGAGGUUUCUCAGAGACUCGUGUUUUUGACAACUUUGACGGUUUUGAAGAAUACUGGUGAGGUACAUUGUAGGAUGUCCCUCUAAUGAAUGUGCCCGAAGUUUUCUCAUGGUUAGACUGCAGUUAUGGGUCUGGGGGGGAAGACUGCAGAGGGGAGGUGCCAUUUUCAGGACACCCCAGCCAGGGUACGUGCUGUCAACGUGAUUUAUGAGUGUCGGCGUUGAGCUUGACCUGGCCAGCAGCUGAAACAGCCGUGUCGUCUCUCCCCCUUUGCCUGCUGUGUUAUUUGGGGAGAAGUCCCUUUGUGGCGCCCACACUUAAAGAGCGGGAGUUACGCUCCCCAUCUUUAGACUGGAAUAUCGACAUGAUUUAUUUGGAAUUCUUCUGCAUAGAUUUACUUCUUCCCCACUUAUUUAUUUAUUCAGUCAUUUGCCUGUGUCAGUAUGCACUCAUGGACGUUGUUUUACACUUCAGGCUAUAAUCUGUUACUACUUUACACAAUUAUCUUGCUCAGCUUUGUUCCGCUGGAAACGCCUUUAGAAACCAAGAUCCGGCCGCCAGGCGCGCUCGCUGCCACUGAAUGGUGUGAGGUCCUCCAGGCUCCCUCAACUGACAGAGCAAGGGGCGGUCCGUGUGCACACCAACCCAUGCGUAUACGUACGUCUAUAAAUAUUCCUGUGAGUAGCCAUCUGUAUCUACACGAAGUGCUUACCGUCUUCGACGCUGUCCCUGCCCCACUGUCCCUUCCUCCCCUUUCUUACCUGUAAAUGUCCGCGUGACUGAGGUCAGCCCCUUUGCCCCUCCACGCUCCGCAGUGAGCUCGUUUUAUACUUUGGAAGUACAGUUAGACUCUCUUGCCACGGUCUGCAUUUUUUCCUUGGAUCUCCUGACCUCCUAAAGUAUUCUUAAAAAAAUUUGCAUACAUUAAGGUUCACUGUGUGUGGUAAAGGUCUAUGGGUUUUGACAAAUAUCUGAUGUUAAGUAUCCACCAUUACAGUGUCACCCAGAACAGCUUCACUGUGCUGAAGCUCCCUGCGUUUCCCCUGCUCGUCCCUCCCCUUCUAUACCCACGCCUCUGGCCACCACUGAUCUUUUUGCUGUACGUACAGUUUUGCCUUUUCCAAAAUGUCGUAUACUUGGAGUCCAACAAUAUGUAGCCUUUCAGACUGGCUUCUUUUACUGAGAAAUACGCAUUUAAGGGUCCUCCAUGUGAUUCUGUGGCAUUUCUUCUUAUUACUGAAUAAUACUCCAUUGCUUGGGUGUACUGUAGUUUAUCCUUCACCUAUUAAAGGACGUCCUGGUUGCUUCCAGUUUUUAGCAAUUAUGAAUAAAGCUGUUAUAAAUAUCAAUGUUCAGGUUUUUGUGUGGGCAUAAGUUUUCAGUUCAUUUGGGUAAAUACGUAGGAGUGCAAUCAGUGGGUCACAGGCAAGACUGUGCUUAGGUUUUUAAGAAACUGCCCAGCUUUCUUCCACAGUGGCUGUACCGCUUUACAUUCCCACCAGCAAAGAAAAAGUUACUUAUUUUUCAAUAUCCUCUCCAGCAAUUGGUAUGGUCAGUUUUUUUGUUUGUUUAGCCAUUCUGAUAGGUGUGUAGUGAUGACUACAAUAAGCAAGCAACUCGUUGUUUUAGUUUGCAGUUCCCUAAUAACAAAUGAUGUUAAGCACCUUUUCAUAUGUUUAUUUGCCAUCUUUGGUGAGGUGUCCAGAUAGUUUGCCAUUUUUAAUAGGGUCGUUUGUUUUUGUACUGUUGAGCUUUAAAGUUUUUUUUAAUAUUUGAAUACAAAUCCUCUAUCAGAUACUUGCUUUGCAAACAUUUUCUCCCAGUAUGUGAAGUCUGUUUUC